UUGCCUACCGUUUGCUUGCACGGUUUUCUUCUCCGUUAUGAUGGGUUCAAUGAAUCUUGGUAUGGCUUCGCCAUAUAUUGAAGCUUUCGGUAUUGCCAAAGGCGCUUGCGCGAAAGUUUUCAAUUUAAUCGAAAAAGAACCUACGAUUAAUCAAAUUAAGGCGAUCGGAAGUACUUUAAAUCAACCCUUAACUGUUUUGGAAUUCAAGGAUGUCGAUUUUCACUAUCCUACACGUGAACGGAUGAAAGUAUUGGAUAAGUUAAAUUUAAAAAUCAAACGUGGACAAACAGUCGCUCUUGUCGCACCUUCUGGUUGCGGCAAAUCCACCUGCGUACAAUUGAUACAACGGUUUUACGAUCCUCAAGGCGGUGCCAUCCAUUUUAAUGAUGUAAAUUUAAAAGACAUUAACAUUAACUGGCUGCGAGAACGUAUUGGUGUAGUAGGUCAGGAGCCAAUUUUGUUUGGCACCACCAUUUACGAGAAUAUUCGUUACGGACGUGAGGAUGCGACGCGGGAAGAAAUUGAAGCGGCUGCCCGUGCCGCCAACGCUCUAAUGUUUAUAAAUAAAUUACCGAGAGGUUUAUUUACUAUGGUUGGCGAAAGGGGAGCCCAAUUAUCUGGUGGAGAUGAGGAACAAAUAAAAUUUCCGCGAAGAAAUGACGAUGAAGAUGGAACAGAAGCAAAAGAAAACAAGAAAACAAUGACUUAUUAAAAAAUAGGACUUCUGAGAUGCACUUUGGUCAGUCUCAAAUACAGUGCAUAUUCUUAGCAAAGUUUUUAUCUUCUAUUUUUACAUGUGAUAUGGGUGAUGGAUGAAAUAAAUAAAAAUAUUUAACAGAUGUCAAGUGAGUCUCAUUUCAUUUGAUAUGCCUUUAAUUGUUUCUCCAAUUUCUGGAGUGAACUCUUUGCAAGAUACAAGCGUAGUUAAUGUGCUUUAAAAUUGACUUUGAAUUUCGUUUUUAAUUUACGGCAUACGGCGACGAAUAAAGGCAGCUUUCUAUUGUUUACGAUCUAUGUAUUAAACAUUAUCAACAAAAAAUCGCAGAUUUCCACUUACUAUUAACGUAAGAAAGAGAUGCAAUGAGAGAUAAUACAAAACUGCCUCUCAGCUGUUUAAAUUACAUUAUGGGCUUUACAUUUAGGUUUACAGUCUAACACAACGACGCAAAAUCGCCAAUGGACCAAUGGA